AUGGGUCAACUUUAAGAUAUUCAAAAAGUGUUUGGAAGUUAAGAACAAGAAUAACAGAGUUUAAUGAUUUUAUGCUUUCUAAAACAAAGUUAAUAUGAUGAGUUGGAACUCCAAUAUUACAAAUUCAAAUCAAAUUUAAAUGUGUUUCCCUCAAUCGUAAUGGGUCCCUAUAAAAUUUUUAUCAAUGAUGGAGAAAUUUUCUAAAACUCAUAAGAAUUUUUAGAUUAUAUUUAAUGUGUAAUUUUGGAAGGAGAUUUGAAAAGAAUUGUAAUUUUUAUGGAUGGAAGUUUUUAACAAUUAUUUAUUAACAAUUAUUGCAAAAUAUAUUUAUACGAAACUUACAAUCAGAUUUUUGAAAUCGUUGUAUUCGAUGAUAAGAUUACUGCUAGUUAGAAUGACUACCCUUUACUAAAAUAAUAUUGGAAAAAUAUCACAAUUUUUACUGAUAGAUAGUAAUUCUUUCUAAACUUUUUAUAAAACUCUUGGAGUAAAUAAUCUUAUUUUAAGAAUUCCCUUUAUCUGUAAAGUAAUAAAGUUGAUGAAUAAAUAAUUGAAAUUGUUGGUUAACUAAUUGAAAUCGAGCUUAAAAAGUCAAAUGAAUUGUAAUUUGAAAGUGUAACUGAAUUCGAAUUAGCUUUCACUAAUUUCACUGAAUUUAGAAAUUAACUUGUUUAAAAAUUGUUUGGAUAGAUUCCUAAAAUAAAAAAUAAUAAUAAUAUUAUAUAGGGGAAAUUUAAUUAUUAAAUUAUGAAAUAAAUUAAUAGAUAUACAAAUUUGGUUUUUGAUUAAUUAUUUGAAUCGAUACAAAAAUUUUAACAAACUUUUUAUUUUUGUUAAUAUUGUCAGCUUUAUAAAUAUUAAUAUGGGGAUAGGUAUAUUAGUUCUGCAUUUUUUAAUGGAUAUUUCAAAAAUAAAUCUUGUUAAAAUUGUAGCUAUUCAUUAGCCUCUUUUGAUAAUCUAAAAACUCUUUAUCAAUAAAAGAGAAAAGGGUUUUCAAUUGAUCAUUGUGUAAAAUAUCUGAGCUAAAAUUAACCCGUCUUAGCAUAAAAUAACAGUCCAACAGCAUUAAAAAAAGUUAAUAGUUUUAAUCAUAUUAUCCUAAUAGGUAAAACUGGAGUUGGAAAAACAACAUUGUUUAAUUUAUUAUGCAAUGGAAAUAUUAUGAGAUUUAAUGAGCCAACUCAAAAACCAAAUAUAAAAAAAUGUCUAAAUAGUAAUAUGACAAUUCAGGACACUCCCCCAUUUGAAUUAGAAAAUAGAGAUUCAAUAGAAAAUAGUGAAAAAGCUAAAGAAACUUUUUCAAAUAUUCUAACAAAAUAAUCAGUAUCCUAAAUCUUCAUAGUUGUUAAAUAUGACAGGUUUCCUGUAAUGAAGCAAAGCUAGUUUGAUUGCAUUAAAUUUUUAUUUCCUUUUAAAGAUAUUAUUUCCAUAAUAAUUUUUAAUGAUGAUGAAAGGUAAGUAGCCGACAGUCAGAAUGAUUUUGAGAAAAUAUUUGAAACAAAGAAGAUUUUGAUAUGCAACCUUAGAGUUCAGCCAGUUACACUAAACUAAGAUAUAUAAAAUCAUUUAAUUAAUAUACGAGCAAAGCCAGAAUAAUUAAACCUAGUAAAUACAGAUUUUGAUCUCAAAAAAAAAAAGAAAUAAUAGAAGGUUUUUUUAAAAAAUUUGGAAAAACUCAAUGCUCAAAAGAAUGAAGAUGAUAUUUAAAAAUUAAUUUAGGAAAAUAAAGAUAUAUCUAAAAAACUUGAAUAACUAAAUAAAGAAUAAUUAGAAUUGAUAAUGAAAUUAAAUUCGAAUUAAUAAAAAAUUUAGGAUGUCUAUAGUGGUAUGAUAUAGAAAUCAAAUAAUGCAAUUUGA